AUGGCUGCAGCUGUAGAGGCGGCUAUGCAGAAAGCAGCUCUUGCAGAGGCUGAACAGGCUGUGAAAGCCCGCGAAGCCACGCUGACCCAUGUGGGCUAUCCCAACUUUGGGAAGACGGACCACCACAAAUUGGAACCAGACGACUGGAGGCAUACCGACCGCAGGGACGACCUGACUUCCGCAGAGCUUCAGCUCGCAAAGCGCUGUCACGGAGCUCAUAUAGAGACGCUUUCUCAGGAGGUCACAGCUGUUGGAUCUCAUUACCUGCUCAUUCACUACGACGUGCCCUACCUCAAUGCAGAGACUUUCAAGCUGAAGGUGUGUGGCCUUGUAGACAAGGAGUUGUCCCUUUCCAUGGCUGAGAUUCGAAGCAGGCCAAGCACCACCCAGGCGGUGCUGAUGGCUUGUGCAGGCACGGGCCGUAUGUCUCAAAAACAUCGCUUCUGGACCCACGUCCCUUGGGGUGUGGACUCUUUUGGCUGCGCCCAGUGGACAGGUUGCAGCCUUGCGGACCUGCUCAAAGAAGCAGGGCUCAAACCUGGCGCAAAGCAGGUGAUCUUCACCGGGGCCGACAAGGGUGUUGAGGGCGGCAAGGUGCAAUACUUCCAGCGAUCCCUGUCUGUGGAUGAUGCAAUGUUGGGCCAUGUCAUGCUGGUCUGGGGCAUGAAUGGUGAAGACCUCAAGCCAGCACAUGGCGCCCCCUUGCGGAUCAUUGUUCCCGGCUGGUACGGCAUGGCCUCGGUCAAAUGGCUGACAACCAUCGAGGUCACAGAAGGCGGUUGGUGGGGCCAUCAAAUGGAGGCCUAUUCUUUCCGGCGCGCAGCCGAAGAUCCGGGCCGAGUGCCCCUGACACAGCUGCCUGUGCGUGCCCUGAUGUCACCCCCAGGCUACCCAGACUUCUUCUCGCGUGCACGAGUGGUCCCUCCUGGCGUGCAUCGGGUUAUUGGGAAGGUCUGGGCUGGGGCGGUAGAGAUUGACCGAGUGGAGUUUUCUUCUGACCACGGCAAGACAUGGAACAACGCCACCGUGGAGAGGAAGACUGGCCUGUUUGGCUGGGCCACAUGGCACUAUGACUGGCAAGCCCCUGAAGAGGGGACCUUUGUGCUGAAGUGCCGUGGCUUCGAUGCCAAGGGCCGGAGUCAGGAUGAACCUGGGGAUGACGAGUUCAACUGGACAGGCAUGGGUGAUACCCAGCCACAGAUG